AUGAUGAGCUCUGCCGCAAGUGGCGCUGCGGAUUUUCCACCAUCAGCGGACAGAAGCGAAGGGAGGAGACGACCGCGCUCUCCAUCAACCGCACAAACCCCCUCUACAUCGGCCUCCAAACCCAGCGGCUGCCGCGCCACAUCAUCCACUGCGCCAAAGCUCGGAGGUAAAGCCGGUAAAGGGCCCGAAGCAGAGCAGGUGGAUCCAGAGGAACGUGUGGGGAGAGGCGCGGCAGCUGUUCGUGGUGCUGAAACUGAAACGGAUGCGGUUUGGGAAACAGAGGAGCGGAUUGAUCGCCCACCAUCACCGGACACACGUCGCUUGCUGCGGUUACCGUGCAUCAAGAGAGACUCGUCUGCGGAGCAGCCCGACGGUGGUGCGAGGGGGAGAGAGGCCGCAGCAGGAGGAGAGUACUUUGGCUGCGGGUCGGCCUUCUGGGGCGGGGGCUGUCUGCAGUCGGACAUCAUCCAGUAUCACAUCAACAAGCGCUUGAAAAAAAGUGGCAGGAUGCAGCGCAAAGCAUCAGGCGACACGCAACCGGCACCGGCCGCCGUAGAGGCCACAAGCCCUGCCGCCGAGAACAUGAUACAGCAGAAUGAAGCCCUGCAGGACGAGAUCGACAGAUUGGAGGAGGAAAACGAAGAUCUUAAGAAUGAAAUUGAGGAGAUGCGAACGGAGACGGAAGAGAUGCGUGACACCUUUUACGAGGAGGACACCUGUCAGUUACAAGACAUGCGCCGUGAGCUGGAGCGUGCGAACAAGAACUGCCGCAUCCUUCAGUACAGACUCCGCAAGGCCGAACGCAAACGUCUACGCUACGCACAAACAGGAGAAAUCGACGAGGAGCUCCUGAGGAGCUUAGAGCAAGAUUUGAAGGUUGCCAAGGAUGUGUCUGUGAGACUUCACCAUGAGCUGGAGAACGUAGAGGAGAAACGAACAAAGACUGAAGAAGAGAACGAGCGACUGAGACAGAAACUUAUUGCGGUGGAAGUCACCAAACAGGCUCUGCAAAAUGAGUUGGACAAAGCCAAAGAGUCUCAAAAACGAAGAGGAAGCAAGGAUGCACAAAAGCCUGAGAGGAAGACUCAGACUCCAACAGAGGAAGACAAUGAGGACUUGAAAUGCCAGUUGGCCUUUAUUAAAGAGGAAGCUACUUUAAUGAGGAAGAAAAUGGCCAAGGUUGACAAGGAAAAGGACUGUUUUGAACAAGAAUUACAGAAGUAUCGUUCCUUCUACGGAGACCUGGACAGUUCCCAUCCAAAAGGUGAAGCUGGUGGCCCUCCCACAACCCGAGAAUCAGAGCUGAAACUCCGCUUGCGAUUGGUGGAGGAGGAGGCCAACAUCCUGGGGCGUAAAAUUGUCGAGCUGGAGGUGGAGAACCGCGGCCUUAGGGCUGAGCUGGAUGACCUUCGAGGGGACGAGCCUUCCAAUGGGGGCCUAUCUGGAGCUGAAGGAGGAGUGGGGCGUGAGCAGGGGUCAGAGUUAUCGGAACUUAGGCAGCAGUUACAGUUGGUGGAGGAUGAGGCAGAACUUCUGAGAAGGAACCUGGCGGAUGUAGAGGAGCAGAAUAAGAGAGUGACAUGCGAGUUGAACAAACUGCGCUUUAAAGAGGGCACAAGGCAUACUUCAAGUGGCAAUGCAUCGAGCGGCAACAAAGGAGAAGGAGAUUGCUCUAAAGCUGAGGCAUUGCAAGAGGAGCUCAAAACAGCUAGAAAACAGAUAAACGAACUGAGCGGGAAGGUGAUGCAGCUUCAAUACGAGAACCGUGUGUUGCUUUCCAACAUGCAGCGGUACGACCUAGCAUCACACCUUGCCAUCACACCACGCGACAGUGAUGCAGAGAGUGACAGUGGUCCUGGAAUCGGAGGGCGUAGAGGAAGCGAUGACGACUCAUCUUCCUCUCGACUUCCUCCUCAUCGUAAACGCGAGGGUCCUGUCGGAGGAGAAAGUGACUCAGAGGAAGUCCGCAAUGCUCGUUGCCUCACGCCAACUCGCUCUCUGAAUUCGCCUGACUCCUCUCGCCUCCUUUUGCGCUCUAUACGGGAAAGGCAACAGAUGAUUGACAUCCGUGCUGAAGGAGAGCGAUUAGGACGAACCAUUGAUGGUCUCAUAGCCGACUCUAGUUCCAUUAUAGCGGAGGCAAGGGUGUUUGUAGCUAAUGGGGAUCUUUUCGGUUGUAUGGAAGAUGAUGAGAAUGGUGGCCGGAUAAGGGAGCAUGAGCUACUCUAUCGCAUUAAUGCUCAGAUGAAGGCCUUCAGGAAGGAGCUACAGGGGUUUAUAGACAGACUUCCAAGACCAGAGGAAAGAGAUUCAGAAGAACCAUUGUCUAUGUUUCAGCCCAUAAUUUUAUUCAUUCUCAUUCUAGUGUUGUUCUCCACUCUCUCGUAUGCCACCAUUUUUAAACUCGUAUUUCUUUUUACCCUCUUUUUUGUCUUGUGAUCACCAUCCAUUUGUUCAUUUGCA